GCCCUCUUUCAGGCAGAAAGCUUAGGAAGCAAACUUAGCAGUAAAACAAGGACUGAUACUUUGUUUAAGAGCAACUGAGAUUCUCUUCGUAGCCGCCCCUGGGUAUUUUUUGCUGACUUGGGAUUUCCAGUUUGGCAGCCUGAGAAGGAACAAAGCACUGACUAAAGCUAACAGGCAAAAAAAGCAGAACUGAAGAAAGAUUACCUCUGCUUGCAGCUCCUGAUUGAUGAGCUUAUAUUGCUACUUAGGCAUUUGAAAUUGAGAAGGGAUGUUGAUCAUAAAAAAGUUUACAAUGGCAAUGCUCUGGAAAUUCAUGAGAGUAGCUAAGUAUUCUAAAACAGCUUUAUCACCAAAAGUAAGGGUAAGAGGAAUCCCCACCCAUUCAAGGCAUUCUUCAUCCAAGUCUGUACCUUCAGAUUUUGCUGCCAGUGCACCCUGCUCAAAUACUGUGGAACUGCUUGGUAAAUCUUAUCCUCAAGAUGAUUACAGUAAUGUCACAGAGAAGAUUCUUUCCAAGGUGGGGAAGAACUUGCACAACAGAAAACAUCACCCUUUGUGGCUAAUCAAGGAGCAGGUGAAGGAGCACUUCUACAAACAUUACCUAGGUCGCCGUGGGACUCCGCUCUUUUCCGUGUAUGACCGUCUUUCUCCGGUGGUUACUGUCCAGCAAAAUUUUGACAGUUUACUUAUUCCACAAAACCAUGCCAGCAGAAGGAAAGAGGAUAACUAUUACUUGAAUCGUGACCACAUGCUAAGAGCUCACACAUCAGCUCAUCAGUGGGACUUGAUACACUCUGGCCUGGACGCCUUUCUGGCAGUGGGAGAUGUCUACCGCCGAGACACGAUUGAUAACACCCACUACCCAGUCUUCCAUCAGAUGGAGGGAGUGCGCCUCUUCUCCUGCCAUGAGUUGUUCUCCAGCAUUAAAGAUGGUGAAGGUUUACAGCUGUUUGAGCAGGGCCAUCGCACUGCACACAAGCAGGAGUGUCACACCAUGGAGGCAGUGAGGCUGGUGGAGUUCAACCUGAAGCAAGUGCUCACGAAGCUCAUGACUCACAUCUUUGGUGAUGGACUGCAAGUCAGAUGGGUAGAUUGCUACUUCCCAUUUACUCACCCUUCGUUUGAGAUGGAGAUCAACUUCCAAGGAGAAUGGAUGGAGGUCCUGGGCUGCGGGGUCAUGGAGCAGCAGCUUGUUAACUCAGCUGGUGCUCAGGAUAAAAUUGGCUGGGCAUUUGGCUUGGGUUUGGAGAGGCUGGCCAUGAUCCUGUAUGAUAUCCCUGACAUCCGACUGUUCUGGAGUGAAGAUGAACGCUUCUUGAAACAAUUCAUUGGGCCUCACAUUUGGCAAAAAAUAAAGUUCCAGCCACUCAGCAGAUAUCCACCUUUGAUCAAUGACAUCUCCUUUUGGCUGCCUUCUGAGACAUACUCUCAGAAUGAUUUCUAUGACUUGGUUCGAACCAUUGGUGGAGACUUGAUAGAAAAGGUUGUCCUUCUGGAUGAAUUUGCCCAUCCAAAGACGAAGAAGGUCAGCCACUGCUACCGAAUCACGUACCGGCACCCGGAGCGGACGCUAACGCAGGACGAGAGCCCAUGGGUGUUGCUUUUGUCAGCUACAGAGGAGCCAGUGUGGCUUGGGCUGGGCAUGGCUGUCUGCAAAUGCUGGGUCAUUGGCAAGUUUUUCCUGUUGGAUCCUUUUGCUCCCACAGAGCUGGGCAGAGCUUAGUGAGGUGCUCCAAGAUGUACUGCCUUCACCAAGGGAGAAGGUCCCUUGUCUCACUUCUCUUUGCAUAAACACCAGUGCAAGAUAAGUCUCCUGUCACCAUGAAAGUGUUGAUAUCACCUGUGGCAUAUGGCAGUUAAUAGAAACUCUUCUCUACAAUGCCCUGAAAAGCAACUGCCUUGAUCUCUCACAGCAUCUUGGUUUCUAGCAGCAGUGUCAAAAAUUCGACCUUUAAGGCAGAAAACCAAACUAAAAUGGGAUCUUCUGCUGUUUGAGGCUCCAGUUGCUUUACAGGAUGCUUGUCUUUUUCAUUGCAGGGUGUAAUAAGUAAAUUCUUGCAGUGGUAUGAUGCUAGGGCCUGUAGAAAUGUUCAAAUGAUCUGAUAAAUACUUGAUGAGCCAUUGCAGAUGCUGAUAUGGAAUAUGGGACCUGUUUUGGCUUGUGAUGGUAUUUCAUACAGUCUUGCAGGUCACAUCUGGUUGCUGUGCAGGC